AUGAUUGCGUGGUCGGUCGAGCUCUCCGAGUUCGGCCUUAAAUUUCAGCCGAGAGGAUCCGUCAAGGGGCAACACUUGGCAGAUUUCGCAGCAGAACUCCACGGGCCGAUCUCCCCGACGGAACAAACAUGGGUCCUCUUCGUCGAUGGCUCGUCGGACAAACGCAAUGCAGGAGCAAGGAUUGUCAUUGAAGGACCGGGUGGCUUUACGGUCGACCACUACCUGCAAUUCAAGUUCAGAGCGUCGAAUAACCAGGCAGAGUAUGAAGCAUUGAUCGUCGGACUGAGGCUAGCAAAGGAUCUAGGCGCCAGAAGGUUAAAAUGUAACACUGAUUCGCGACUCGUGGUCGGGCAAGUGCAAGGGGAGUAUCAAGUUAAAGACGAUCUGCUGCUGCAAUAUUAUCAUAAGAUGGUUGAAGCCAUGAAAGAGUUCGAAGAAGUAAUUAUCCACCAUAUACCCCGAGCGGAGAAUGCCAGAGUCGAUAGGCUAUCCAAGCUGGCAGAGGGAAAAGAGAAAGGUCAGCUGAAAACCAUCAUCAGGAAAACCCUGAUGAGACCCUCGGUAGGAGAAUGCGCAGUAGUCGAUCGGCCAGCGGACUGGAUAAGUGAUGUGCGGGAACUUCUGAGAAGAAGCGAUGCCAGAAAAGACCUGAAGUCGAUCGAGCAACGUCGGGCGCUCCGAUUUGUCACUAUCGGAGAGGAUCUAUACAAACGAGGUUUCACCGCGCCGCUCCUCAAAUGCCUGUCGGAGGAAGAAGCAGGAUACGUCAUGAACGAGGUCCACAAUGGCAUUUGCGGGACGCACACCGGACGGAGGACGAUGAAAGCACGAAUACUCCGGGUAAGGUACUACUGGCCGACCAUGGAGCAGGACUGUGAGGCUAUGAUACGAAAAUGCAAAGGUUGCCAAGCCCAUGGAAACAAUGUCAAGAGAGCUCUGACCGAACUACACAGCCUAACGGCCCCAUGGCUGUUCGCACAGUGGGGCAUGGACAUCGUCAGUCCAUUCCCUAUCGGCAGAGCACAAAAGAAGUUCAUACUAGUCACCGUAGAUUACUUCACCAAGUGGGUCGAAGCAGAAGCCCUAACUAACAUCAUCGCUCGGCAAGUCCACUCGUUUGUGUGGUGA